CUUUUAAAUCACGAGGCCAUUGAAAACAUAAUAUAUAAGGCUAAGUACAGUGACCCAAAUCAACAACAUCUGAUUGAGUAAUUUUCUACAGAAGGUGACUUUAGACGCUUUAAACACCAUGAACUUCCUCCUGAUGUUAACCUUCAUUACAGCCAGCAUUCAUCUUUCCAAUGCGAUGCAGCCUCUUGGUGCAGGUUACAACAGCCACUGCAUGUGUUUGAAACUUGAGUCGAGGGUAAUCCCACCGGACAACCUCCGAAGCGUGGAGAUCCUGCCUAGAGGUCCUCACUGCAAGGCUACAGAGGUUAUUGCUGGUUUAUCGAGUGGAGAGAAGAUCUGCCUGAACCCCAGAACACCAUGGGUUAAAAAACUCAUUCACUUUAUUGAGAAAAAACGAGGGAUCAAGAAAUAUUAAGUGUUCUUCUAACUGACAUUGCUUCUCAAUGCUCUCUAGGCACUUUGUAUGUUAUUCGUAUGGUAUCACUGACACCUCUGUUGUGGUUAAAAUGACUCACGGGUUCUUGCAAAAUAAGUUGAUAAUUAAUUUUUCAAAACUUAAUAACCAUGUAUUUUGUAUAUAACUAGUAUUGUAUUCAUUAUCUAGAACUGUAUAUUGUAACAUGAUAUAGACUUCAGGUUUCCAUAAAGUCUCCUUUGUUGACAUCACUUAAAUCAGAAUAGUUAGCAGAUACUGACACCCCUAUACACAUACAAUCAAAUGGCAGAUCUACAACAAUACGAUCUGAGAACUACAACUUUACACAAUGGUAAGACACAAAAGAGAAUGUAAAUACAGCACACUUCGAUAGUACAGUUAACUAAAAACACUACCCCAAACACGUUUUGCACACUUUUACGGAAUGGCUGAGUUAUUCAGUCCAAAAUCAGUCAGUCCUUACCCAGCCGCAAUGCAUGCUGGGUACACGCAGGCACCACAAUAUUGAUGAUUGAUGUGUUUUUUAAUAAAUCCUGUGAAUAAAAAUAACAUAUU